CUCGGCCUAAAGCACUUCGUUCAUGGCUUGGUCGAAGCAAAGCCCUGCAUAGCUCCAACUGUGCAGUCAUGUGGAAGCGCGCCUCUCUCCUCUCCAGACUUCCCAUUCGCCUCACUGGUUCCAUCCCUAUACCGGUCAAUUCUUCCAUCCGCCAACUAGCCGAAAACCUAGCUCCUGUUGUUCCAUCUCCUCUUUCGUUUUCCAAUGGCUUGCUACAGGCGUCAUUCAGCACUGCAAUGGGUUCAUCGCCGGCGACAAUAAGCCUGUUGAAGCUGAAUGAUCUAAGGGAUAAUAAGGGGGCGAGGAAGAAGAAGAAGCGGAAGGGGCGUGGAAUCGGAUCCGGCAAGGGUAAGACGGCUGGGAAAGGUCAUAAGGGUCAGAGAGCGAGGGGAGGGGUAAAACUAGGAUUCGAGGGUGGCCAGACUCCACUGCGCCGCCGAUUGCCUAAGCGCGGGUUCAAGAAUCCAUUUAGCCUUACCUUCCAGCCAGUUGGACUGGGGAAAAUUGCAAAGCUCAUCAAUGCAGGCAAGAUAGACUCAUCAGAACUUAUUACAAUGAAAACCCUUAAGGAAACAAGUGCUAUAGGAAAGCAGAUCAAGGAUGGUGUUAAGCUGAUGGGCCGUGGCGCUGAACUCAUCAAAUGGCCAAUUCACCUAGAAGUAUCAAGAGUAACAACCAGAGCAAAAGAAGCAGUAGAAGCUACUGGUGGUUCUGUAAGGAAAGUUCAUUACAAUAAACUGGGAUUUCGAGCACUCCUCAAUCCUGAAUGGUUCGAAAAGAAGAGGCGUUUGUUACCCAAAGCUGCAAGGCCACCCCCAAAGAUCCGAGAUAAGGUUGAUAGCAUCGGCCGCCUGCCGGCCCCUACCAAACCAAUACCAUUCAGUCCAGAAGAAAGAGCAGCAGCCGCUGCGGCCAUGGGAGCUCCUCAUCCACCAGCUUCAAGAGCUAUUGUUGAAGCUAUUAGUUGAAACUAUUUAUACUGACGUUGGAUGACGAUCAACUGAUGAUGAUCGAAGGAUUCCAAAAUGACAUUUUUUUAUUAUUAUUUUUUUUGUUUAAUUUUGUUGAAUGAUGUUCUAUUCAAUCCUUGUGUCUGUGAUUUUGAUUGAAAUUUAUUCGAGCGUAAAGUAGUUCUUAAUAUUCCUUGCUGGUGAACU